AGAGAGAAGUUGCCACGAAGGCAGCAGUACACACAGAUCAGGACGAUGUGGACGUUUCUGAGAUGCACUUUGUGCCUCUUCAUCGCCUCUCAGCUCGGAUUCGGGUCCGUUUGGACCGCGUCAGAUGAGCUGGACCGAGAGGUGAAGAUAGAAGUUCUGUUCAAGCCCGAGGAGUGCAGCAAAAAGAGCAAGAAAGGAGAUCUGAUCAACGCUCACUACGACGGGUACCUGGCCAAGGAUGGCUCCCAGUUUUACUGCAGUCGGACGGACAAAGCGGGCCACCCGCAGUGGUUCGUGUUGGGCGUGGGACAAGUCAUCAGAGGCCUGGACAUCGGGAUGCUGGACAUGUGUCCCGGCGAGAAAAGGAAGGUCACGGUCCCGUCGGAGCUGGCGUUCGGCGUGAACGGCAAAGGUCCGGUGCCACCGAACGCCACCGUGGUGUUUGAGGUGGAGAUUCUGUCCGUGUCCCGGGGACCCCGCAGCAUGGAGGCAUUUGGACAUAUGGACCUCGACAAGGACAAGAGUCUCACGAAGACUGAGGUGAAAGAAUACCUGAAGCUGGAGUACGAGAAGGGCGGGAAGCCCCGCGACGACCCGUUCUACGAGAAGAUCAUCGCCGACAUUUUCCACAAGAGCGACACGGACAGAGACGGACUGAUCAGCUCCAAGGAGUACAAUAUUUAUGAACGCGACGAGCUUUAGUUUAGCGUUUAGUAUUUUUAUAUAAAAUGGAUGAAACCAAAGAGAUCAAUGACAAAUUUAGAAUUUUUUUUUUUUUAUGUGAAAA